GUCACACUCCUCGUGUUAUUCAACGUUCAGCUUCAAAACAUCUGUUUAUUUCGUUUAAAAUUAGUUUAUUACAAUAUGUUAAGCUUACGAGCAGUGCUGCCACGCGGGAAACACUUUUCCGUGGCCCUGGGAAAUGCCGGCCGUCAGAUUUCUCUCCCACCAAACUGCAGAUGCAUUGCCGGCUUUAAUUUUACCAAAUCGCAGCAUUCACAGCCACAGAAAGUGCAACAAAACAGGUGGCUAUCAGUGAAGACCACAAAAACUGAUUCCGAGGAUGCACUGCAGCGGAUCUACUAUGGAACCCUGGCUCCCCGCAUGAAAAUGGUCAAGUUCUUCUCGCUGAGCACCAGCCUAGCCGGUUUGGCCGCCCAGCCCAUCCUCCUCGAGCAGGGAAUGAAAAUUGGAGGAACCGGAAUGGCCGUUUUCCUUUGCACCGUCGGUGGGUUCUUCACCUUUGUGACCCCACUGCUGCUGCACUUCAUCACCAAGAAAUAUGUGACGGAACUGCACUACAAUCCCAAAACGGAGGAGUACACGGCCACCACUAUUUCCCUGCUCCUGCAAAAGAUCAAGACGAAAUUUCGACCUGGCGAUGUCGUCGUUCCAGAAGUUCCCGGCAUGUUCACCUCGUUUGUGGUCAACAAACGUCCGCUUUUUGUGGAUCCCGUGCUAUUUGAUGAUCCCGAACACUAUGUGCGGAUCAUGGGCUACGACAAGCCCAUCGAUUUCAAACUGGAUUUAAGCCCAAACCCCGAAAAACCCGCAAAGACUAAGGAACAGCAAUAAAAUAAUGUUCUUUCUGCA